AGAGAAGAAGAUGAGUCAGCCCACUCGCGUCUCGGGUAGUAAACAAAACACGGACCCACUCAAUAACCUGCUGACGCAUUUACAGUGUCAAAGCGGGUGGUUGAAGAUUUCGUUUUUCCACUUAUCAUCGAGCUAACAAGCGCGAGUUAACGGAUUUUUUUUCCCGUUCCAACUGGCACCCGACCCAGUCAAAGACUACCAUCUUGGUGUGACAAUGGGGAAGUCAUUUUCCCAUUUCCUGAAACAGAUGACGUAUCAUGAAGGUCAGGAUGUCCUCACCUCUCACCUAGAAGACAGUCCAACAGAAGAUGAGAAGGGUAGUGAUGUUUCCCAAUUUCCAUACGUGGAGUUCACGGGACGAGAUAGUGUGACGUGUCCUACGUGUCAGGGUACUGGAAGGAUCCCGAGAGGACAGGAAAAUCAACUUGUGGCGUUAAUUCCAUACAGUGACCAAAGGCUUCGCCCUAGGAGAACGAAGUUGUAUGUCACCGCAUCGGUUGUUGUCUGCCUGCUGCUAUCCAGUUUGGCGGUAUUUUUCCUCUUCCCUCGAUCCAUCGACGUGACCUACGUCGGGGUGAAGUCGGUUUAUGUCGGCUAUGACAAAGAGAAGCAGAGUGUCUAUUUGAACAUCACGAACACUCUCAACAUCACCAAUAACAACUACUACUCAGUCGAGGUGGCUAACAUCACAGCCCAAGUGGAGUUCGUCAACACCGUGAUUGGCAAAACUCGUAUGAUGAACACGACUGCCAUCGGCCCUCUCGACAUGAAACAGAUUGACUAUAUGGUCCCCACCGUCAUAGCGGACGAGAUGAGCAGCAUAUAUGACUACUGUACCCUGCAAUCCAUCAAGGUUCACAACAUAGUUUUCAUGAUGCAAGUGACUGCCACCACCACAUACUUCAGCCAUGCUGAGCAAGUGUCACAGGAGAUGUACCAGUAUGUCGACUGCGGUGGGAACACCACUUCCAACAGUGGAAUGACAAAGCCGUUUAGCAUCCCACAUUCCGAGUAACAACCUGACACUACCACUCGAAGCAUUUGAAGUUCUAUUGUGUUACUCUGUUGUCCAAUUUUCUUCCAACCCUUCAGAUGAAUAUCACAUUUGUUGUAUGAUUUCAAGAAACGAAAAUCCAGACUGAAUCAACCCAGGAAAGCUCUUCUCGGUAAAUGUAAUGUCUCUUGUGAACAUUUGAAGAAAACGACCAUCACAAUACUUGGGAAAAAAAAGGUACUUAGAAGGUUUGGAGUGAGUAAAACAAUUACCGCAUUUUCCGCACUAUAAGGCGCACCUUGAAUGAAUGGCCUAUUUUAAAACUAUUUUCAUAUAGAGGGCGAACCGCAUUAUCAGUCGCAUGGAAUAGAAACUACAAUAGUGGCUGCAGUUGCGUUAAGCAUCCACUAGGUGUAUUCACGCUAAAGGGAAUACAAUACAAUACAGUUUUGUUUAUACAGAGCCUUCACAACUGCUGCAGCUGAAACAAAGCUCUUUCCAGAACAUUAAAAAUACUACUUCCAAGAAAUUAGAACAUUGAUCCAUUUAGAAGGCGCAUUGGAUUAUCCGUCACACUGUGUCGGCUUUUGAGAAUAUUGAGCCUUCUCCUGCGGAAAAUACGGGAAUGUGGCCGCAUGGUGAUUGAGUGCUUAGCAUGUCUGCUUCACAGUUGAGCGAGUUAGAAUCUCAGUUUAGGCCCUCCUGUGUGGAUUCUAUGCAUUCUUCCCCAUGCUCGUGUGAACCGUCUCCAGGUACUACAGCUUCCCCUCGCAUGCCAAACUUGUGGCAUGUUAGGUUGAUGGAAAAUUGGUUCCAGUGGGAAGCGCAAUUUGUUCAGGUGUGUGCGGCGAUAGGCUGGCAAGUCAUACAGAGUAAAAGUUGUCCAAAACAAAGUCUGGACAGUGAUGUGACAUUGCUCUACAAAUGCAGUGCAUCACAAUUGACUAUGUGUAUAUGACGGCUAGAGAUGAGUUAUUAACUACCGUAUUUUUCGGACUAUACAUCGCUCUAGAUUAUAAAUCGCACCAGCCCAAAAAUGUAUAAUUAAGAAGGAAAAAACAUUCUAUAAGUCGCACUGGAUUAUAAGUCGCAUUUUUGGGGGAAAUUUAUUUGAUAAAAUCCAACACAUACACAAAAACAUACAUGUCAUCUUGAAAGGCAAUUUAACAGACUGAAUAAGUGUACGGUAUACUAAUGUUACAUGACUGACAUGCCUGGUACGUCAGUAACGACGUAACAUAUUAAGAGUUAUUCAGAUAACUCUAGCAUAAAGAACAUGCUAACAAGUUUAGCAAACUAACAGUUGCACUCCAAAUCACUAUAUCCAAUGAAAUCUUCAUUCUCUGUGUCACUUUUAAACAACUCCUCCAACCAAGGAGGUCGACGAUGCACCGCUUCCUCUUCUAUGUCGCUUAUGUCAGACUCAUCGUCGAUUUAUUGACGCAGGCCGAGAGCGUCCUCUUGUGGUUUAAUGUGAAAAUAACGUGAAAUGACAUAAUCAUGUGUUCAUAAUUUCACACAUAAGUCGCUCCUGAGUAUAAGUCGCACCCCCGACCAAACUAUGAAAAAUAAACUGUGACUUAUAGUCCGGAAAAUACUGUAUUAUCCUGGCAAUUUAGUACGACCCGGAACCCUUCUUAUGAGUUGAUUAACUACUGACGUUUUUAUUAUUGUUUUCUUGGAAUUCCGUGCUGCAGAUUUGUUGUUUCCCACUUCACAAGGCAUUUAUUUUACACAUGAAUUUUAUCAACAGUUAAAAAAUAAUAAUAAUAAUUAAGAUGACAUGCAGACACAUUUUAAGCAGCAGUAUCAUGCCUUGAUGAAUUUUUCCGUUAGCCAUUACUGUAUUAGGUGAUGCAUUUGAAUCCACACUGAGGCGUUCCCGUGUGGAUUUGCAUGUGCUCUGUUUGCUAAUUUGGGUUGUUGCAGGUCGCCGGCAGGGUGAGCCGUACACAAAAUAGACAGAUUCACUUGUUGAUGCAUAAAGGAGAGCUCCAGAUGAAAAUGAGAACCCGAUGAAGCUUAGCAUGAAUGCACUAUAAGUCUUUCUGAAUUGCACUCUCAGCAUCAUGUUCCCGCAAGCUAAUUUCCCCCAGCACACUUUUUUUGGAGCAAACUUUUGUUGGAUAAUUUGCAGAAUGCAGAGGCCGUUAUGUUAUGAAAAUAAUAAGGAUAAAGAUAGGCUUUAUUUGACUGAACUUUUAUCACUGGACAUUGCGCUUUGUGGACACUAACAAUCAAUAACUAAUGCUGUGUUGUUAUUUUGGUACUUAAUUUAGUGAGGUUAAUUUUUGUGGUCUUUUUGGAGUGGGUGUAUGUUUCAGUGUAUGAUUGCAGUAGAGACGUUGACAUUUUGGGGAUAAAUGUACACCCCCCCCCCCCUGAUCGAUCCAUAAUGAUUUCUUUGUACAAGUAUUUCAGACCGUUUUAAAUCAUCCUCUGAUUUUUUUUCCCCCAUCAUUGUAAAAGAUUGCUUUUUGUUGGUGAAGCAAUAUAACCUAUAACCACAGAUGCAUCACCAGCUAAUCUCGUUUAAAAAAGAAUGCCACCUUGGGGGGUUUUUUUGUCUUCAUUUGUCAAUUGUUUAGUUUCUACAAUAAAAGCAGCAGUCAAGAUGAUUUUCCCUUCAGCAUUGUCGUUGAAUAACAUUUGCUAUAAACCAGAGUUAUGAUUGUACAGAGCUUGAUUUAAAGAGCAUUUUUUUUAAAUCCUAACAUACACUGUAAGUUGUCAAAUGCAAUACAGGAGGCAAAGUUGUUUUCGAUUAUUAUUUUGAAAUUGUUUCAUCGUUUUGUGAUUGUGUUGUAUGGGAUUUUGACUGUGUUCCCGAAUUAUCAGUACAUAUUGAAUUUAAGUUGAAUAAACAGAUUUAAACAUCAA